AUGGUCACUCCGUCCGAGGAUGUCUCCUCUUCACCUACGACGCUCGACACCCGACACAUUACCAGCUACCUUGCCCUUUCGAAGAGAUACCCACUGGAUAUCCUUAUCGACGCCCGAGAUUACGAAUGGGACUUCCUAGAAGAUGGUGUCACACAAGCUUCCGACGUGGAAUGCUAUUCUCCGCCCUUCUCUUCGUCGCAUAUGAAGACGGUGUUUGACCUUCUACUCCCACACCUCUCCCGAUGGAAAACGCUGAGUAUCUUGACGGAUACUUGGAAGCCCAUGCAUACCGCCCUCCAAUCUAUCAACACCCCUCUCCUCCACCACGGCGCUCCCCUCCUCGAAUCGCUCACCCUUAUGCGGUGUAACGAUUUUGUCAGCUUCUCCUCUGACUUCCAACCGGCCUCACUGAGGGAACCUGCUUUCCUUUCAAAUGCAAAAGCACCAUCGCUUAAUCAAUCGCAAAGCAUCCUCCCACGACUGAAGCAUCUUUCGCUGCGUGGUGUUCACAUGGAUUGGGCUUCGUUAGGGGCUGUAUUGGCUUCUAGCGUCUCGGGGCUAUCGUCCCUCGAACUCAGCUCGCAUUGCCCUGACGUUCGACCCAGUGCAUCCGAUUUCCACCGCAUCCUUUCCUCUAGUCCUCGCCUCCGGAAACUUAUCGUUUCUGGCUCUGGCCCCUUUAUUCCUGGAGAUACCACCAUCGACGCUCUCAUCCGCCGACAUGAACUCGACACUGUCCCCCUCCCCGACCUCACCUCCCUCAACCUGGGCUAUCGUUCCUCCACCGAAGGCCAAUUGGUCCUCCAACUCAUCCAUGCGCCAUGCGUAACCUCCCUGACGCUGGAAGAGGCCACCCACCCCGCAGAGCCAGAUGAAAUCGACGCAGGGGGCAUCCUGACGUACCUCGGAACUGGUGAGUUCCAGAGCGCAAAGGAGCGUGAUCUUGCCAAUUACGACUCCCUUCAAGGAGGAUCCCAUCAUCAUUAUCACCAAUAUCAUUCCAAGCCGCGGAAAGACUCGACGUCUUCCAUCGCGAGCACUUCGACUUGUGUUGGAUCCUCCGUUGAGAUCGAUGGCCGUCUUUAUGACGAUGAUCAUGACGAUGACAUGACUCUUGUAGACUUUGAUACGAAGCUGCAGCCGCCGUUCCCGCUGUUGGAGGCGUUGGCGCUCAAGAGUGUGUGGGCUGCGUCGUCAAGACCUGUCGCUGCGUUUUUGGGGUCGCUCAAUCGGCUGAAGCGGUUGGAGUUGGUUGAUAUGCCCAUGUACGCCGUUCAUGCUCUUAUUUCGGAGCCUGUUCACGACGCGAAGGGAAGCUUGGAGUUACCAAGUCCUUCUACCUCUUCCUCGUCCACUUCUCUUCCCGCUCCUUUCCCUGUUCCCUGUUCCCAACUCGAGACUCUUUCAUUACGCAACAUCGACCUUCAGCUUCAAGACCUUCACCAUAUACUAAACGACGUCAUCCCUGAACGACACGGCCGAGGAGGGGACAAGCUUCAGAAUAUCGACAUUCACCUGUCGCCGGGCGCUCCAGUCUCCUCAUGCCAGAUUCAACUCGACGAUGGAUCAGUGUCGACCAUCGAAGACGCCAUCCAGUCUCAGGGGUCUGUCUCGUUUAAAAAGGUCGGCGUGUUGGUCAACCUAACUCUUCCCUCCAUCUCAUCCUACGAAGGCGAGGAAGAGGACUUGGAGAUGGCGUUCAAUGAUCCUCAUUUCGACUCUCAUUAUGAUUCUGUUCUUUAUGGGAUCUAGGGUGUAUAUAUCCUUCUCUAUUUCUCGGACUCGCUCUGUUGUAUCUUUUGCUAUCCUUCCCCUUUCUUGGUCCAGGUGUUUAUUUCCUUUUUGCUUC